AUGACAAAGUGUAUCACAGCUCUUCCCCAUUUCUUUGAAAGAGCCUUCGGUACUCUUGGCAGCGGUGUCGCUCGUCACCCUUGGCUUACAAUUGCCUUCUGCACUAUAAUUAUCGGCGCGUGCGCAUCUGGUUUUGCGUUCUUUCGGUCGGAAUCCCGUGUAGAAAAGCUCUACAUCCCGCAAGACAGCCAAGCACUCCUCGAUAUAUCCCGCGGGAACCAAUACUUUAAACUACAAGAAAGAAAAGAAACUUUUCUUUUAACUGCCAAAACCGGUAGUGAUCUGCUAACAAAGUCGUGCUUUCUUGAAAUUCUAAGGAUCCACACGGAAGUUACGUCACUCGAUAAAUACAGCAAGUACUGUUUAAAGGACGUCGAGUGGGAUAAGUCAACCGAUACUCUUAUAAGAGCAGGCGUUAUGCAGCUUUCUUAUCCAAUGAAUGCAGAAGACAAAAAUUACGAAGAAAUAAAAGCAUGGGAGAAAAGUUUGAUUGAGAGGAUCGAAAAAUUGUACAGCGGUCUUUCGCGCGUUUCUGUUCAGAUAUCUACCGGUCGGAGCCUAAGCGAUGCGAUUUCAGAGAGCAGCGGCUCUGAUAUUUCAUUGAUUUCGAUCACGAUGGCUUUGAUGUGCACCUUUGCAUGUAUACUUUUCGGGAAAUUUCGAAACCCGUCGCUCGUAGGACACUCGUUGCUCGCAAAUGCCGGCAUCCUCACCGUCGGCUUCGGGAUUGUUUUGUGUCUUGGACUUGGCCUUCUUGUCGGUGUACCUUUCAUAAGUAUUGUCGGGGUAUUACCAUUUCUGGUCAUAGGUAUAGGAGUAGACGAUAUGUUUAUCAUAAUAGACGAGCUAGAUCGAGUAGACCCUCAACUCAGUGUCGUCGACAUUGUCAAAACUGUGAUGUCCAAAUCAGGAGCCACUAUCACCAUGACAACUAUCACAGAUCUUGUAGCAUUCGCCGUAAGCACUUCGACCGAGUUCAACGCUGUCAAAUAUUUCUGUAUCUACGCUGCUCUGACGAUAACAUUCUCCUAUAUUAUGAUGAUCACAUUUUUUGUCGCCUUUCUCAGUUUCGAUGUGCGGAGGAUAAAAUCAAAUAGACGUGACUGCCUACCAUUCUGCCUCACACCACCCCCCAAAGGAAAAAAUAUGCCAUGGGCCCAUCCCCAGGAUUCGCUUUCAAAUACAGCAAUGGCGGCAUACACGAGGGUACUUAUGACUUCGCCUGCACGUGUACCAGUUGUUAUAGGUUCCAUAGGGCUUCUUCUAACAAGUAUAUUCGGUGCUCUAGAGAUCGGAGAAAGCUUCAAUAGAAAUAUGGACUUUAUCAACUUACAAGAACAGCACUUCGUGCAAAGCUUUCAGAUGAGCAUGAUAAUAAGUGAUAAUCUCAGCUACCACGACCCAGAAAUCCAGAGAAAGAUUUCAAACCUUCCUGUUAUCGCGAAGGCCAAUCCAUUUCUAGCGAAGAAUGUUCAUAACAAAGCAUUCAUCUACCUAGAGCAGUACGUGGUCAUACAAAGUGAAGUGAUCCGUAAUUUGGCCAUCGCAGGCGGAACCGUUUUUGUGAUCACGUGGCUUUUCCUGUUGAGCUUAACAGCAAGCAUCAUCAUCUUCUUCAGCUUUGGAGCACUGUUUUUUGAGCUUUUUGCCAUAAUGUGGCUAUGGGGCGUUACACUGAACAGUGUCUCUAUGAUUAACCUCGUCAUGGCGAUCGAAUUAUCCGUCGACUACAGUGCUCACAUUGCGCAUGCGUUUGUGACCACCGCAUGCGAGACAGAAGACCGUGUUAUACAUGCCAUGAAAACUACGGGUGCAAACGUACUCAUGGGAGGUACAUCCUCAUUUAUAUGUACUUUUGGCCAUAAGGGAAGUUAAAUCAUUAUUUACAGAAUACCUUGUGUGGUCCAGAUGUUCCUUAAGAUGUUCCUCGCCAGCCUCGGUCUGCUUCAUGGCCUCUGCAUCGUCCUCGUCUUUCUAUCUCUUCUCUACAGAUGGCCUCCGAUUAAGACAGAGGUCAGUGCGGGCUGUGAAGUCGUACCUCCCAGCAGUAAUGGUAAGGCUGAUAAGCACCUAGAGAUGGGAUCAUGUGAUGGCAUCGCGAAUGACGCAUAUUCCCCACAAGGGCACGGAAGCAAAAGUGGAGGCCAACCAGAGUGCAGUUAA